UCACGACCAAAGUCCAAAACAGCACACGUGCAGCAGUGCUCACUGCUCAGUGUAUGUUCAGUUUGGUGCAGUGUACAGUACAUAAACAUAUCGUUUCGUUAAUCGCCACUUGAAUUAUAGUGUCAAACAAGUUUACCUCGCUAUGAAGGAUAAAAAGAUUAGCAAGCUUGUUGCUGAUUCAGCAGCGUUCAUCAGAAAUGCGCAAAUGCAGGAUAUUGCUGAUGUCGUUUACACGGUUAGGGAUGUCGUUGACGAAAUUAGAGAUCAAGCUACAAAGCAGAGACUCAGAGUUUUACCUUAUGAAAUAAAAAUGAUGGAACCAUCACCAGACGCCAUUGUGAAAGUGACUGAAUUUGCAAAAAAGACUGGUGAUUAUGCUACUUUGUCAGCUACAGACAUAAAAGUCUUGGCAUUGACAUACCAAUUGGAGGUAGAAUCUAAUGGCUGUGAACACCUCAAAAGUGAACCAACUAUUAAAAAAACUAUAGUUGUGGGACCCAGACCCCCUGGUCCUGAUAAAGUUGAGACAUUGGCAGGCUUUUACAUGCCAAAGUCAGGAGCAAAAUCAGAAGGUGAAGUAGAUAAGCUGUCUGAGCAAUUGGCAGAAGUAGCAGUCAAAGCCAAUGACACAGAAGUGGCAGUAGAAGCCAAUGACAUCAGCAAAGAAGAAUUGCAGCCAGCAAAACAGCAGGAUGCAAUCGAAGGCACAAACAAUGGUUCUGGUCAAGGGGAGGAAGAAGAGGAAGGAUAUGACAGUGAAGACGACUUUAAUGAUGAGGAAAACGGUGAUACAGUUGAUGAUGAAGAAGAAGAUGACGACGAAGACGACGACGGUGGUUGGAUUACCCCUGGAAAUAUCCAGCAAGUUAAGCACAGUAUGGUCGGAAAUACUGAAACGGUCCAACUUGAUGUUGCUUGCUUGACAACGGAUUUUGCCAUGCAGAACGUCUUGAUGCAAAUGGGUCUACAUGUAGUGUCGCUUGAGGGUCGCUUAAUCCAUGAAGCACGAACCUAUAUCCUUCGUUGUUAUGCAUGUUUCCGGACGACUAGCAACGUAACUAAAGUUUUUUGCCCCAAAUGCGGAAAUCAGACAUUGAAAAAAGUGGCUGUUAGUUUAAAUGAAGAUGGUACAUUGCAGAUCCACAUUUCCAGCAGAAAGAAGCUAACAGCUCGUGGCAAGAAAUUUUCAUUGCCGAUGCCAAAAGGGGGUAAAUACGCGUGCAAUCCGAUCCUUGUGGAAGAUCAACGAGAAGCUCAGCAACGAGCUACACGUUUGGGCCGUACCAAAACGAAUGCGUUGGAUCCUGACUACGUUGCAGGAAAUUCCCCUUUUGCUAUCAACGACGUUUAUUCGCGGGCAGCCCAACUUGGACGAACGGGUCGUGCAUCUAACAACUUUAAAAAUCGGCGAAACCCGGCUGAAUUUCGUAAAAAAAAACGUUGAUAAAGCUUCUAAACUUGAUGAAAUUUAAUUGCCAAUCGGCAGUGUUCGAAAUAAAGGUUAACAAAUAACUACUAAA